AAGCUCAGGGAGAGAGAAGAGAAGGAACCAACAAGAUGGAGAAGGAAAAGAGCGAUUUGAGUGAGAGGCAAGAGGAAGCAACAUUAAGAAAACAGGAUAAGAAAGAAGUCAGCAAUGAGGACGAGCAAAAGCAAUCUGGAGCAAACAGAGCAGAAGAAAUAGGAGAGGAAGGAACCGCGCAAGGGGAGAAAAAUAGGCGAAAGCGAAAGAAAGAGCAAGGAGUUAUACAUAACGAGAAAGCAAAAGAGGCAAUAUGCAAAAGACAAACUGAGAAGCGAAAUAGGGAGAACGACACUAGCAAAGAAGCGAGAAUGAGAUCAAAAAGUAAGCUGGGAACAGGAAACAGAAGCAAGGAAGACAACGAAAUGACAACUGGUAGAAAACAACAAAAAGAAGACGAGAUAACGAAAACAACCUAUAGUAACCAAGUACAAGGCAAGAAAAGACAAAAAGAAAAGGUAGCUGGAAAGGGAAAGAAACGGGAAAAUAAAAACAGCAAAAGUGACAAUGACCUGGAAGGGCGAAUCGCAGCAACGAGAAAAAAAGAUAGCGAGAGGAAAGAUGCGGAACGGAAAGGAAAAAGAUUAAAAGGACUAGCGAGAAAACAAAACAAGAGUGAUCAAAUAGUAAACGAGACAACAAAAAAAAGACUAAAAAGCACCGAAGGAGAAAAAAAUAAGGAAAACCAGAUGAAAAAAGAAGAGAGAUGUAAAUUGCGUGAUAAAAAAGGAAAAGGCAGCAUGAAAAUAAAGAGAAAAGGACACGAUAUA